UUCGUGUCUCGCUGCGCUUACACUCCCCUUCUCCUUCCUCCAGAUCCGGCCACUCCCCUCCCCUCCCCCUCCUCGACUCGCCUCGCCGCUCGCCUCCGGGCUCGAAACCCUAGGUUUGGUCGCUCGGGGUGUAGUGGGUGGGGGCGGGGGGGAAAUGGAGGCGGCGCUGGAGGCGGCGCGCGCCAAGGACACGAAGGAGCGGCUGGCCGGGGUGGAGCGGCUGCACGAGGCGCUGGACGCGGCGGCGCGGCAGCGCGGGCUGACGGCGGGGGAGGUGACGGCGCUGGUGGACACCUGCAUGGAUCUGAUACGGGACGCCAACUUCCGGGUCGCGCAGGGCGGCCUGCAGGCGCUCUCCGCCGCCGCCGUCGUCGCCGGGGACCACUUUAAGAUCCACCUGAACGCGCUCGUCCCGGCCGCCGUCGAGCGCCUCGGGGACGGCAAGCAGCCCGUCCGCGAGGCCGCCCGGCAGCUCCUCAUCACCCUCAUGGAGGUUUCUUCGCCGACAAUCAUAGUUGAAAGAGCUGGAAGUUAUGCAUGGACUCACAAGAGUUGGAGGGUCCGGGAAGAGUUUGUACGUACAGUGGCAACCGCGGUUGGGCUUUUUGCUUCAACCGAGCUCCCAUUGCAACGAGUUCUUCUUUCACCUGUCUUGCAAUUGAUGAAUGAUUCAAAUCAAAGUGUUCGAGAUGCUGCUAUCUAUUGCAUUGAGGAGAUGUACACACAUAUGGGAUCUCAGUUCCAUGAAGAGUUGCAGCGCCAUAACUUACCUCCGUACAUGCUAAGGGAGAUAAAUUCAAGAUUGGAAAGAAUAGAACCAAAGGUUCCCACAUCUGAUGGUAAUAUCAUGCAAUAUAAGGCUGUCGAAUCUAGAUCUGUUAGUGUUAAUCCGAAAAGAGGCAGUCCAAGGACAAAAAGCACACCACGGGAAAGUACAUUAUUCGGAGGGGACACGGAUAUAACAGAAAAACCAGUGGAACCAGUAAGAGUUCACUCAGAGAAAGAAUUACUUCGGGAGUUUGAGAAGAUUGCAGCUACCCUUGUUCCAGAAAAGGACUGGUCCGUGCGUAUUGCUGCCAUGCAAAGGAUUGAAGCUUUGGUGUAUGGAGGUGCUAUUGAUUAUCCAUCUUUUCUUAUGCUCUUGAAGCAGUUGGUUCCACCUCUAUCAACUCAGCUGUCUGAUCGACGGUCUAGCAUUGUAAAACAGGCAUGCCAUCUACUCAAUGUACUAUCCAAAGAACUCCUUGGUGAUUUUGAGCCAUGUGCUGAACUAUUUAUUCCGAUGCUUUUUAAGCUUGUUGUCAUAACAGUGCUUGUCAUAGCUGAAUCAGCCGAUACAUGCAUAAAAACCAUUCUACGGAACUGCAAGAUUUCACGAAUUCUUCCUCGCAUAGCUGACACAGCAAAGAAUGACCGAAGUGCAGUUCUCCGUGCUAGGUGCUGCGAGUACGCUCUUUUAAUACUGGAGUAUUGGGCUGAUGCCCCGGAGAUACAACGUUCAGCUGAUUUAUACGAAGAUCUAAUAAAGUGCUGUGUAGCAGAUGCGAUGAGUGAGGUCCGUGCAACUGCUAGAAGUUGUUAUAGACUGUUUGCAAAGACAUGGCCUGAGCGUUCACGUCGGCUUUUUAUGUCAUUUGAUCCUGCUAUACAGAGGACUAUAAACGAUGAAGAUGGGGGUGUGCACAAGCGGUAUGCUUCACCCUCUCUUCGUGAGAGGGUUGUGCAGCCUUCUCGUUCUUUAUCACAUGCAAGUGGUACAAGUGCACUUGGAUAUGGCACUUCAGCUAUUGUUGCUAUGGACAAAACUGCUGCUAUUUCUUCAGAUUCAUCCUUUUCAUCAAAUACUCUUCGUUUGUCACAGUCAAAGACUGUUGGGAGAAGUUCUGAAAGAAGCCUAGAGAGUGUGCUUAACUCAAGCAAAGAAAAGGUUUCUGCCAUUGAAAGUUUGCUGAAAGGUGUAAGCAUAUCAGAUAGGCAAAAUAUCUCAGCUACCCGCUCAACCAGCUUGGAUCUUGGGGUUGAUCCUCCAUCGUCUCGUGAUCCUCCUGUUCCGCUUGCAGCAACAGCUUCAAAUCAUCUGUCCUUACAGAAUUCAGCACUGCUCGACUCAUCUGUUCCUAGCACCAUAAAUGCUAGUGCACGAAAUGGAGGCUCCCGCUUAUUGGAGUCAAUGACAACCCAGUUGGGCACCAGAGAGCGAUCAAGAUCACCGUACUUGGGUAAUAUAUCAUCUGAGUCCAUGACAAGCUUAUCACUGCCUUUUCCAAGAAGGUCUUUGGAGAGGCCACAAGAAGGAGGCCGCAUGGAUGAGGGUAGUGAUAUCCGGUCAACUAGGAGAUUCCCCCAAACUCAAAACUAUGUUGACAUGCCCUACAGAGAUGCCAUCCACAGAGAUUCACAUAAUAAUCAUGUUCCAAAUUUCCAGAGACCUCUUCUAAGGAAGCAAGUAAUGUCAAGGGCUUCUGCCAGCAUCAGGCACAGCUUUGACGAUAGCCAAGUACAGUCAGGUGACGUGUCUGGUUAUACGGAUGCACUGGCUUCACUAAGUGAUGCUCUUUCUGAGGGUCUCAGCCCUAGUUCGGAUUGGGUAGUGAGAGUCUCAGCUUUUGAAUUUAUUCGGAAUCUUCUGCAACAAGGCCAGAGAGGUAUUCAGGAAAUUACACAGAAUUUUGAAAAGGUCAUGAAGCUGUUUUUUCGUCAUUUGGAUGACCCUCAUCAUAAGGUUGCACAAGCAGCCUUUUCUACUCUUGCAGAACUUAUUCCAGCUUGCAAGAAGCCAUUUGAGAGUUAUGUUGAAAGAAUUUUGCCAUAUGUUUUUUCCCGGCUUAUUGAUCCAAAAGAAUUGGUAAAAAAACCAUGCUCAUCAACCUUGGAUGUUGUUGGGAGAACAUAUGCAAUUGAUAUGUUGCUACCUGCCCUAGUGCGCUCACUAGAUGAACAGAGGUCCCCAAAGGCAAAGUUGGCUGUUCUUGAGUUCGCAAAUAAAUCGUUCAGCAAGUACACUGUAGAUUCUGAAGGUUAUAGUAACAGUGGGUUCCUUAAACUGUGGCUUUCAAAAUUGGCACCUUUAGUUCAUGAAAAAAAUGCAAAACUGAAGGAGGCAUCCAUUUCUGGUAUCAUAUCUGUUUAUUCUCAUUUUGAUUCAACAGCAGUGCUAAAUUUUAUUCUAAACUUAUCUGUUGAGGAGCAAAACCUCUUGAGGCGUGCACUGAAGCAAUACACACCUCGCAUUGAAGUUGAUUUAGUGAACUACUUACAGAGCAAGAAAGAUCGUCCCCGUCCCAAAUCUUAUGAUCAAGCAGAUUAUGGAACUUCUUCCGAAGAUGGUUACGCGCUUGCAUCAAAGAAAAGCUAUCCAUUUGGGCGGUAUUCCUCUAGUUCCCUUGAUGCUGAAGGUGGGAAAUGGAUGAAUUCAGUGCAAGAGUCAACACCGCGUAAUGCGCCUAUGGCGAGAACUACUUCUGAUAUGAGCAUAGAUCAUACUAGUCAAAGCAUAGAACUGGACACUGGAAGUGAAGUUCUUUUAACUAGAAGUAGAGAAUCAAAGAAUAAUACUAGCUCACUAGUGGAAACUGCUCGUUCUUGGCCAAACUAUCCUGAAAAAACUGAUGCGCCUUUGGAUGAUGAAACUGCUAUCAGUACUCCUCGCUUAGACUUAAGCCAUCGCGCUGCUUCUGAUGGGCACAAUGCUGUUGGUUCUACUGCUGAAGAAAAUGUUCAAGAGGGAGAUAUUGCUGUGAAACUUAGUUCUAUAAAGACUACCCUACAUGCUGACAACGAACUGAGCAUACCACAACUUCUUCAUCAGAUAAGCAACGGUACCGAAGUUUCAAGUUUGGAAAAGCGGGAAGCAUUACAGCAGUUGGUUAAAGCUUCUGUUGAUAAUGACAUCUCCAUUUGGGCAAAGUAUUUCAAUCAAAUCUUAACGGCUGUGCUUGAGGUGCUGGAUGAUUCUGAUUCAUCUACUAGGGAGAUUGCUCUGUCUUUAGUUGCCGAGAUGCUCAACAAUCAGAGUGGUGCUAUGGAAGAAUCUAUUGAAAUUGUUCUGGAGAAACUUCUGCAUGUUACCAAAGACAUGGUGGCAAAGAUUUCAAAUGAGGCAAACCAGUGCUUAAAUGUUCUGUUAGCAAAAUAUGAUCCUUUCAGAUGUCUUGCUGUUGUGGUGCCUCUAUUGGUCAGUGAUGAUGAAAAGACACUUGUUGUGUGUAUCAACUCCUUGACAAAGCUUGUUGGACGGCUUUCCGAGGAGGAAUUGAUGAAUCAGUUGCCCACAUUUUUGCCAGCACUGUUUGAUGCUUUUAGUAACCAAAGCCCUGAUGUUCGAAAGACUGUUGUAUUCUGCUUGGUGGAUAUCUACAUCAUGCUUGGGAAGGCAUUCGUCCCGUAUUUGGAAGGGCUUAACAGCACGCAGCUGCGCCUUGUAACUAUCUACGCAAACCGGAUUUCACAAGCAAGGUCUGGCGCUCCGAUUGAUGCUAACCAAUGACCUGAGGUGCAACACAACGCCCUGUUAUUAUUUGUGUUCUGUAUGAAUACCUGUUUGGCAGGGGUGCAUUUUUGGGUUUCAUUUGUUUGUGCAUGUGUAUAGUAUAAACAAAGCCCCUUGUGUAUCGAGCUCCUGCCCUUCUUUUUCUCUUUGUGUGAUUAUGUAUUCCUUUUUUUUUUCAACCUCUUCUUUUUGUCAGCAUGGUGAGUGUUAAUGAGUGUUUUCCUUUUGUACCACUUAGUGCUUACACUGUACAAAGAAAAAGGAUAGUGUAGGUUCAUGGAGAGACCUAGUGUCUGCCCCAUUUUCAUUUGCUGUAUGAUUUCCGUUGGAAUUGCUAGGUGUGAAUUCUCAGUUGUCAGCCUCGUUCUUGGUUU